ACGCCCCCGACGUCGCGCGACCCCGCCGCUGCCGGCACCUCACCGGCGGAGGGAGGGAGCUCCGCACUGCUGCUGCUGCUGGUGCCGUGCUCGAUGCACCCAUGGACAGCAUCGCCCGGGUGUUCACCGUCGGUAACGGCUGUAAGGCCGUCCGGUACGACGACGAGACUACCGUCGAGCGAGUGCUACAAGUUGUUUUGCAAGGAAUUGGUAUCGCGACCGUUGCUCAUGCUCAUUUUGCGCUCCGGCUAAUAUCUGGAACAUCCCCGAGCAAUUCUGGCGAUUACGUAUGGUUGCAUCCUUCUUUGCUCGUCUCAAAUCUUCGAGUGGUUUACGCUCGAUUUCUCCCUUCCACUUCCAUCUCACAAGAACUUCGGUUCGAACUACGCCUUCGGUUUAUCCCUCAAUCGGCCUAUGAACUUCUGUUGACCGAAUCAAACGCCUUCUUCUACCUCAAUGAACAGGUCUUUGAAGACUUUCUUAGUCAUGUGGCUUGGAAGGUUAGUCAGGAAGCUGCACUUGAACUUGCUGCCCUGAAGGUUUGCCGAGAUUGUAUAGAAAAACAAGCCAGAUCAUGCUUGGAUCAUCGAAUUGACAUCGAUGCAAUUGAUUUGGAAGCUGCUAUGCAGGCAUUUAUUCCAAAAACGGUGUUGUGUACGGGAACUACGAAGCCGUCAACCUUGAAACGACAAUUCGUGCAGCUGUUGAAGAAAUUCGCACCACUUCCGGCCACGGAAUCUGUGCUUCGCUCGCUCUCCAUUCUUAUUGAUAUAGUCAAAUUCGACGUUGAAGUCUUCAAAGCUAGUAUGGGGGUUGGUUGGGCAUCACCGGUCGAUUUAUUGGUAGGUCCAGAAGUUGGGUUGUCUUAUAGGAUAAAUGAACGAUGUGAGAUAACUCGAUUGGCAGAAUUACGGUCCAUACUAGAAAUCACUAUCAAGAGAAUGGAGCAAAGCACUGAUAAAGCCAUUGUACAGCUGAAAAUCUCUGGUAACGCUCAACCCAUGUUGAUCACAGUGGCCACCCAAGACAUCGCCGAGUCUCUAGCGCAUCUGAUCGAUGGUUACCAGAUGAUGUAUAAUCAAGGAAGUUCCGUAUACCGGAUGAAGGGCCUUGAACGAUGUGAAAGUGUUGAUUUGCGAACCAGUACUUCUCACCGACCGCAUAGCACAAACUCUGCAGUGAAUCAUGACCUCCGGAUACGAAGGGAACAUGUUACGCUGAAGGAGCUGAUUGGUGGGGGACAGUUCGGAAAUGUCUACAGAGGCACUUUUGCCGACCCGGGUGGACCUUCCAUGACCGUAGCUGUCAAGGUGUGUAAGAUGGAGAACGAACCGACAGACACUCAGCUGAUUUUGCAAGAAUCUCAUUUGAUGAAGAAUCUGCAGCACGAGAACAUAAUCUCUUUGAUUGGUGUUUGUAUGGAUGCGCCGAUGUGGCUUGUCAUGGAGUUAGCACCUUUGGGCGAGCUUCGACAAUACCUGCAGUCAAAUCGAGCAUCAUUGUCGCUUACGUCUCUGUUUCUUUAUUCACUUCAAGUUGCACGUGCCAUUAGCUACCUCCACGAGAAAUCAUUCGUCCACAGAGACAUAGCGGCAAGGAAUGUGCUGGUGUCUACUCCAAAAUGCGUAAAACUGACAGACUUUGGCCUCAGCCGAGCUCUUGACUACGAUGCGAUCUAUACGGCAUCUAGAGGAAAACUCCCUAUCAAGUGGCUCGCCCCAGAGUCGAUCAAUUAUCGGGAAUUUAGCAUGGCCUCUGAUAUCUGGAUGUACGGUAUGUUGCCCGUCUUCAAAACCGAGAUCCGUCUCAGUGUUGUUUACGUAGGUGUCUGUGUUUGGGAGAUCCUUUCCUGGGGAGCGAAGCCUUGGCAAGGUGUCCCUAAUGCUGAUGUGAUCACCAAAGUGGAAGCAGGAACACGUCUUGCUUGCCCAGAUGCCUGCCCCAAAGUCCUAUACCACUACCUGGAGUUUACGGUAUGGUCUCUGCAACCUGCCAAGCGGCCAACUGCCAAGGAAAUUGUAUCCAUAAUGGAGUCAAUACAUGAGCAGCUGAAAAAACACACCCCACCAGAGGAAGUACACUUAGCCCGUCCCACUCAGAAUGUACCCGUGCUUCUAACCAACAUAACUGCGCUGCCGAAUCUGACCCUCUGGAGGACAUUGGAACAGCAGAAGAGGCAAGGUGAAGAAGACGACAAAUGGUUGGACGAACAGGAAGACCUCACAGCCUACGACCCUACCGAAGAAGUGGAACGUGCUCACAAUGGAUUUGCAUCAACAAGUGGAACAACUCCUAAUGGUUCGAUUAAUGGUAGACAGAGCAACGGGAGGCAAUCUCCAAGUCUCACAAGUGUGUGCCGCGCUGUAACUGCUGUCACUGAGGCUGUAGAUCGCUUAUGUAACACUUUCAACGUCAACAUGAAGCACGACGACUUCGUUUCUAGUAUCAGAGACAUCACUUCGAAAUUGCGGGAAAUGUUCGCAGAGUCGACGGAUGUGCUGGGGCAAAUGCCUGAGGAGAAGAGAAAAGAGGUGGAAAUGAGCGAAGCUUUGAUUGGAAAUGACAUGCGGCAAAUGGGUAAAGUUGUACAGCAAGUCGUUGAAAGUACAAAUAAUCCGUCCUACCACGUUUAUCGUCGCGAAGUUGUACGGAUAGCUAAGGAGUUGUCUGUCAACUGUACAAACUUUCUUGCACUAUUCGAAAAUCGGAAUAAAACAAAGUUGCCCGAUUUUCGAGCUGUUCUUUCAGAUUGUUAG